UUCUCCCCGUCGUUCCCCAUUCUUCCUUGGUCGCCAGCUCCCUCUCCCCACCGCCAACCAGAGGUUCGCAACCCCUACUCUUCCCCGCCUUUUCGACGAAUCCUGUCGCCCAAGUGACCGAGGAGGUCCCUGAGCCUGGCAUGCUCGCGAGCAUCCCAGCGUUAGGCUCUGUCGGAGGCACGACACUUCCACGCCCGUCCUCUUCUCCGUCAUUCGAAUCCGUUGGCCCAAGUGCCCAAGGAUGGGCUCGAGCUCGGCAUGCUCACGGGCGACCCAGCGCGGAGGCCCGCAACAAGACAACAAGGAGCGGGGCGUGGGUGCGCAAAAACAUCUGGGCACAGUUCGAUGCCUCCACUGGUGUGCCUCUGUUUGAUGUUCUAUUCAAGAUCCCUGUACAAUUGUGUUAUUCAAGAUACAAUGGCACUCGAUGAUGCUUGCUAACAAGGUUUGCAAUGCAAUAUGCACUGGACUGUUGCUUGCCAGAUGACUGGAAGACGGCAGUAAUGGUAUGUUCUGUAGGAGUAAUGAGGCGUUGCUGCAUAAAUAUACUUGACUUUCAAAUGAGCGUGUCAAGAGAUAAAUUUGCUUGCAAGGCUCUUGAUGAUAUAUCCAUUUUCAUCAAAUUCUUAAGGGUAUGGUCAAUUGGAGAAGACAUUACUAUGACUACACAGAUCUGUUUUUCAGCGUAGGAUGCAUAUCAAUUAUCACUAUCAUGGUAUAUUAUUGCCAUUGAGGAAUCUUCCCAUGUAGCAAAUUUACCUCGAAAGUACAAAACUUUAGCAGAUCACCAUCAGGUGCAGACAGGUACGUACAUUUAUACAGAAUUUAUGAUAAUUCAAGGCACUUCACGCCCAGGAAAGCAACAUUCAGGCAAGUCUCCAUCACUACAACUACAUCCACCAAGUUAAAGAAAAGGUUCCCAAGUCACCUCAAUAGCAAACUCAAAGGAAAAUAAUGGAUUCACAUAGCUUUAAAGUAGGCAUUUCUGAAAAUAAAAUCAAAAUUGAAUUAGAACACAACUUACAAAAUUAAGGCGAUUGGGAGAUAUGACAAAAUUCCUGAAAUCUCAUAACAUUUGUAUCUGAAUGGCAACAGAAAAAAAAAUCUGAAUAACAGUAAUUAAGAGGAUGGAACACAUAGUCAAAAUUAGAAGGAUUGAACAACAUUAGCUUUAAAUAGAAUUAGCUCGUUGAGGCUGCAAGAACAACAUACAAAGCUAGCAUGGCUCUAGAACUAACAAAGCACAUUUAAUCGCUGGUGCUGAAAGAGAUAACUGUGAAACAUGGACCUGCACGCCUCCUUUCAUCCUUGGCCAUCUGUGUACCUCCCCUUUGUCCAGAUGGUGUUCUUCAUGUUGCAGGGGGCAUCUCCCUCGGGGCUCGCUGACACGUCCAUUAGCUUCUGUUCAUGCUACACCACAUCUCCAACCAUGAUAAAAAAAGCAAAUGAUUCAAGUUCGAGUUCGUCAAGGAGUAACCUCAUUCUAAUGGAAUCAUUCAAAAGAUAUGAUCCCACUUUGCAUAUGCAAAUAACAUCUUUCAGCAUUGUGCAAUUCUCCUUCUACAAGUACUCAUGAGAGUUAAAAUAUGCAUACAUGCACCGUCCCUUUGCAAUUGUGACAACAAGUGGCACCUGUAGUAGGAAAACAUAUGCAGUUUUAAGAACUAUAUAUAGACACAACAUUUUAGUAGGAUAUAACAAACCAUCUUAGCGAGAUAUAUAACACAAGUUUCAACAUGAAAGCACACAAGUUUCAGCAGCCAUACUUGUUCACACAAAAGACCAUAAGUUGAUGGCAAAGUAAUGAAAAUAGUGACAACACUAAAAACCACAAGUUCAUAGCAACAAUGUGUACAUAGCAUCACUGUCAAAACAGCAACAUCACUAAAAGAACAUCAACUACUCUUCUCUUCUCUUCAUCACCAAACUAUUAGUGCUAGGCACUAGCUUUUGUUCUCAUUUGCAACAACCGAUGACACUAUGCAGGGGGUGCCUUGUUUGAACCUGUUUCACAUUAGAUUAAACUUCAGGAGAGAAACUACUCGUAGGUGACCAUAAAAAAAGUUCAAGGACUUAUAUUCAUGGCUUAAACAUGUGAAAAGCACCUUACCAAGAGAUUAAAAACUAUACAAAGAACCCCUGGUCAUCAUUUGAUUCUUCUUGUCCCAAAGGAGCAACAUGGCCAUCAUUUACGUAAGCCUCAUCAUCAUCCGUAUCAUCAUCAGAUUCGAACUGGACAUCUUCAAACUCAACAGGUUUUAUAUUUUCUAUGACUGAAACAUCAAUGCUGGAUCCUUCGUCAUCAUUUCUGCACCAACUAGUGAUCUCUCCAGGUAUUGUAAUUUCUGGCACUGUAAUUUCCGCAUCGACGACAUCCAGUACAUCUGCGUCACCACCUUCAUCGGCUUCAACAGCUUCAUCAAGGCCUACACCAUUUAAAACAGAAGGAGCAAACAAAUUGCGUGGAUUCAUUUUAAUAACAGUUACCCAAUCAGGGUUCUUCAUAUCUCUCACAUAGAAAACCUGUUGAGCUUGGAGGCCUAGAAUGUAAGGGUCUCCCUGGAAUCGGUGUAGAGUAGUGUCAAGGGCACAAUGAUGAAUUUUACGGAGGAUGCUCCUGUAAAGAAAGGCUAUGUUCUUUUAACAAGGAUGGAAAGUAUAACGGCAUACAAAAACCAACAUGGACAACCCAGAUCUGGAUGAAGCUGGUGGACAGAAGAAGAAAGGGCGAGGUGUUCUAAAAGGUUUUAAAGCAUCUAAGAAGCGUUUUGCCAAUGGAUCUGCAAAGCUAAAUAUUACAUUCUCUGAAAAAUUGGGUGGUACAGUAGGAAUGAAUUAUUGUUCGUUCAAGGAUGACGUGGUAGUCAUAAUGAAAAUAAAGCUACCACUCAUUGGAGUGAGGACGUGGUCGGACAUUCACCCUACCAUUCAUCGACUCAUUGUUGCAGAUAUGAUAGAUAGAUGGGACCUGGAAGAUACACCAGAAAUAGAAGAAAAAGUUCUCAAAAUUGCGAAAGAGCAAUAUAGAGGCUGGCGAUCAACUCUAAGCUCCACUUACAAGGCAUACAAAACAGAUACAGCUAGAUUGGCUAAUCUGCCGGAAGAUUUGCAACCAGAAGAGUGGGAAUGGAUGAUUGAGUACUUUGGCACUGAUUCAAAAUUUCAGGAUCGCAUCCAAACGAACGCUGAUAACCGUAAGAAACAGAAGACAAAACACAUAAUCGGAUCAAAAUCUUACUCGCAAGUUAGUUUUGAGAAGAGAAACUUGGAAACUGGAGAAGAGCCAGAUUCUAUUGCUCUGUGGGAACUCACCCACACGAAUGAUGGAACAUGGUCUAACACAGAUUCCCAGAAAGUUUACGACAAAGCACUUCAAGAGGUUAAAAUCAAAGAAACUGAAGGUCCACUUUCAAGUGAGCAGAAAAACAAUAUUUUCCAGACCUCUUACAAAGACACUCUGGAAUGCAAGUCAUCGCAGCCUCGUGGGUACGGAUACAUUGCCAAAACUUCAACUGGUUCUGAAAGGUUUCAUAUCCAGAUCGAAGAGCAAGCUCAUGCUACAGCAGCCACCUAGGAGCGAAACUCUCAGCUGAGCCAGCAGGUCAACGAAUUAGAAGAUCAACUACAAGCUGAACGUGCAAACACACAAGAGAGGAUUAACUUGGAGCGUGCUGAGAGAGAACAACUUGAGGAGAGGUUAAAAGAAGAGUGUGCUGAAAGGGAAAGAUUGUUGCAAGAGGAGCGAACAUCAAGACUGGAAUUUGAAAAAAACAUGAUGACAAAGUUUGUAGUAUUGAGCCAACAGAUGGGAACCCAACAGGUGCCUACGAAGAGGGUUGACAAAGAAAAUAGUAAUCCAAACUUGCAAAAUAUUCUUUUACAGAGAUCUAGUCCUAAUAAGACUCCAGGUUCAAGGCCAACUACUAUUUCUUCAAAUGUGCUCAUACAAGCUGCAACAAGGCAUUCUUGAAUGUGUAAAGCAAUGGAUCCAAAGAACUAGCUGGACUGGACUCUAGAUCACGGGAAGUUUAGUCUUCGAAGUUAAUUAGGAUGGCUAAAUUACAUUUGAGUUUCAUUUGAUGGAUAUUUGCUAUGAGAAUUAUGAAUUUUGUGAAUCUGUCU